CCACGUAUAUAGGCGUGAUGACAUCAUCCCGCUGUGCAUUUCUUCUGUGGUAAACGAAUUUACCGGCUAGCUUGUAUUUAGAAAAGAAAAGAACACAAAAAUACUCCUUACGGCGAACUUAAAUAAUGGAUAACACAACGCGACACAACAUUCAGCUCUACAUUUAUGAUCUUUCAAGAGGAAUGGCUCGCAAUUUGAGCCCCAUCAUGUUAGGUAAACAGCUGGACGGCAUAUGGCACACAGCUAUUGUGGCAUAUGGAGAGGAGUUUUUCUUUGGAGGCGAGGGGAUCUCCAGCUGCCCACCGGGUGGCACCAUGCUGGGACCCCCUGACACGGUGGUGGAUCUGGGAGAAACUGAAGUGACAGAGGAGAUCUUCAUGGAAUACCUUUCCUCUCUAGGAGAAAGCACAUACAGAGGUGACCGGUAUCGGCUGUUCGAGCACAACUGCAACACUUUCUCCAACGAGGUGGCUCAGUUUCUGACUGGCAGGAACAUCCCGUCCUACAUCACCGACCUUCCGUCUGAGGUCCUCUCCACGCCGUUCGGGCAGAUGCUGCGGCCCAUCCUCGACUCCAUCCACAUCGCCCCCCCGGGAGGUCAUGUCAUCAACGGGGGAAGGAACAUGUAAACCGACCAAGCAGAACCCUCCUUCCCCAGGUCACUUUCAUUGUAGUCAGAGUAAAAAGACUUAACAUUUAUUCUUCACGUGAGCCAUUAACCUCAAACGGACAGAUCCUGACCUCCGACAGAAGUGCUGCCCUUCACUGCAAUAAACUGCAACACCCAGUCACGUAUUUGGAAGUUAAAAUAAAGUGUAUUUAUCAAUGUAUUGUUUAUACUAAAGCAGCAUUAAGGUCUUUGAAGUUAAGUUCUUAAAGAAAAAAAAUGAAGCUUAACUUAAUUUAGAGCUCAAGUUCUAAAUUAAGUUCUAAAACCAGCGUACCUCCUGCACAUGAGUGCGUCCAGCCAUUGACAGUUCGUAGUGAAGAACAUAUUGCUUCUUAAGUUUUGUUUGUUCAAAUUUAAUAUAAAGCUAUUUAAAUCUCUUUGAGAGUAAGAACAGGAUAAAAAUCUUAGUAUAUAUUUUUUAUUCAUAUUUUUUUCUGAAAUGUCAUUGAUUUGUCCCAUUUUCCCAAUCACACUUUUAACUGACUGCAGUGGAUUUAUUCGACCUUAGUGGGAAAAUGUUUACCGUAAUCAUUAUCAGCGGGUUGAGGAGUUGGUCUUUUAAACGUUAAGCAUGUCUGUUUUGCAUCUUUUAUAUGAUCUUUAUUGAUAGCCUUUACCUUGUUUCUUUUCAGUUCAUUGCACCUUUUAAUCUUUUUUUUUUCUAUUUGUGAUUAUUGUGUUGACUAUUUAUGUUGCAAUUCCCCAUUUUUAACAUAAAUGACCCCCAAGACUGAGUCAGCAAAUCUCAAAAAUCCACUACAAAAAUCAACAAUUUGUGUAAUAUAAAAAAAAGAAAACCAUAUAUAUGUAUACUGUAUAUGUAAUGUGUCAGUACAGCGUAUAUAUCUAUAUAGGGUGUUCCCCUGGGUAUUCCCGUUUCUUAAUUCGCGGUUCCACGUACUCGCAGAUUUUUUUUCAGUAAUGUGACUUUUUCCAGUUCGUCACAAAAACUCAAGACGCUUGUAUUACAUUUUUUCCAAAGGAGGUGCUGCAGUGCUGAGUUGUAUCUCCGCACCGCAGCCAAAAAAAAAUCCUGAUAUAAGAAGAUAAUUGUGGAGUAUAAUUAUCAUCAGCAGGUGUUUAUUAUUUGAUGAUGGUUUUAAGGCACAGAGAGACAGUGACACCCCUUAUCUGUGUCAUUAAAUGCACUGCGUUUCUGAAUUAAGAAAAAACUCUUUACAUUGAGCAAUACUCCAAUGUUCUUUAAUAAAUGUUUUUAAAGAAGUUUUUUUGAUGAGUAAGGAUUGGUAGCGAACAUUCUUCGGGGGAGGGGUUCUCUCUGUCCGCGGACUUGUGGAUGUCUCCGGUCCCUAAUCCCUGCGAAUAACAGGGGAAUACUCUAUACACACAUAUAUAUAGAACAUAUACAUAUAUAUGUUUUUCUUUAAACUAACAAAAUAUUUUCAUUAAAACUGAUUCUAAGUCUUCAUAAUUUAGCAUUUUACUUACUCCAAAUAUUCACAUUUCUAGGGUUCUAUGAACGUAUUGUUGAGUCUUAUAACUCACCAGAGCGUGUUUGGAAGACUUACACCUCUGUGCCUUCACUCCCCCUCUGCUUAGCCACAGGAUAAUUCCAGCUGUCAUGUAUAACGAUGGCAUGGUGCAAGACCAAAAUGGGUCAAAACGUAACUCACGGUGCACUCGGAGGGUCACACCUCUGAGCUGAGACUUCGUAAAGGUGCAGAAACAUUCCGGUAUAUAGCUCCAUAGCCUGUAAUCUCUGUGCUUUAGUUCUACCAGUUUAAAGCUGUCAAUCUUAUUUUUUAUUUUUAUUUAAAUGAAUCCCAAAUGAGCUCCACUGAAUUUGAAAUAUGGAUAACAUUAAGAUUUAUCCAGCAUUUAAUUUUGUGCAAUAAAGAGGACAAUCUGCACAUGUCCACUUUAUUUAACACUUUAGUUUUGACUUAAAAAGAGAAACAAAUGUAAUUUUUCCCACUUUGAAGAGACUGAACUCUAAGUUUUGAAAAUUUGAUUUCAAACCCGACCACUGAAAUGUAGUUCUGAACUCGUCCGCUGUUGCUUCUACGUGAUUUUGCCGCUGGCUGUAACGUGAACGUGCAAAUUAUAUGAUAUAAGAUAGUUGUGGAUUUCAUUUUCUUUCUUAGUUGGUAAAACAACCCUUAAGUAUAUUUAUGCACAUUGUUUUCCUUGUUCAUUUGUUUUUGUAAAUCUACAUUAAAGCCAUCGACUGCAAAAAUGA